AUGGGGACUAUUACUGCUGGAUUCCAUCUUUUAUUUCUCAUUCCCACAAUUGCAUUGCAUGCCCAUGCCUCAUCUCAGGAAGCGCAUCUCACAAAAUUCCUCUCGUCUAAAAGAUCCAAAAGCAACAUCAGCAACAAAAUUGGUGAUCCUACCGGUUUCCAUGGCGGACCAUUUCUCAGAAUCACCAGCAGCCCCCGAACAGAUGGGUACCCGGGCUCCAACCACAUCGCUCUGAAGGCGGCCGACAAGAUCUCGGCGCUGCCAGGGCAGCCGGAGGGCGUCGACUUCGACCAGUAUGGCGGGUACGUGACUGUCGACGGCCAUAAUGGCCGUGCACUCUUCUACUACUUCGUGGAAUCUCCCGGCAACCCGGCGGCGAAGCCACUCCUCCUGUGGCUCAACGGAGGGCCUGGGUGCUCGUCGCUGGGCUUUGGAGCGAUGCGUGAAUUGGGCCCUUUCCGGGUGAACAGAGACAACCAAACCCUCACUAGGAACAACCAUGCCUGGAACAACGUGGCAAACGUCAUCUUUCUGGAAUCACCCGCCGGCGUGGGGUUCUCCUACUCCAACACGUCUUCUGAUUACGACAGGAUGGGGGAUCCAUUGACAGCCCAGGACACCUACGCCUUCCUCGUCAACUGGCUUGACAGGUUCCCCGAGUACAAGGCACGCGCCCUCUACAUCGCCGGCGAGAGCUACGCCGGCCACUAUGUGCCCCAGCUCGCCGCCACCAUCUUAGCCCACAACAACGACACGGGUGUCAUACUAAAUCUCAAGGGCAUCUUGGUCGGAAACCCGCUUCUGGACGACGCGAAGGAGGAGAGAGGGCACCACGAGUACCUAUGGAACCACGGGGUGAUCUCCGACGAGGUAUGGGCCGAAAUCGCCGGCCACUGCAACUUCAGCGACGACUCCGCCUAUGGUGAUGAUAGGUGCUACAAAGCUAUUACUAAAUCCCAGUAUGAGAGUGAGGACCUCGACAUCUACAACAUAUACGCUCCCACCUGCAUCACUGACAACAACGGCUCCUACUACUCCAGCAGCCAAUUACCUGGGUACGAUCCGUGCGGCGAAGCGCCUACCAUGGCCUACCUGAACCUUCCUGCGGUGCAAAGGGCUUUCCAUGCUAGAGAAACCAAAUGGAGUGACUGCAAAAUCUUUGUGGAUUUCAAGGACUCGCCGGAUACCAUGGUGCCAACCUUGAAAUGGCUAAUCGGCCAUGGCUUGCCCGUGUGGCUCUUCAGUGGGGAUUUGGACUCAAGGUGCCCGAUCACCAGCACGAGGCACGCCAUCCGCGACCUCAACCUCUCCGUCACCGAGCCAUGGCGUCCAUGGACGGUCAGCCAUGAGGUAGGGGGCUAUGUUCAACAGUACAAGGGAGGGUUCACGUUCGCUACCGUGAGAGGAGCAGGGCACACGGUCCCGACCUUCCAACCCGAGAGAGCCCUCAUACUGCUCCAGUCCUUUCUCAAAGGGAUCCUCCCGCCUUACGAGAAGGCAAAGUAG